AUUUUGCGUCUGACGUCACUGCGCAUGAUUAGGUGGAAGUCGUGUAGUUUUGUCUAUUGAGCUGUCUACAAGAAUCUUAUCUUUUUCAUAGUCUUUUGUACUUGCUGGGUGACACUGGUUGAUAUUUUGCAGUCGGUCGCCAUUGUUAUCUUCUGAAUUGACCAAAAUGUCAAGCAGAAGAGGCGAAGAAGACGAGGAUGAAAGCAUAGAUCUCGAGGAAGCCGACGAAGAUGAAGAGAUGGUGGAGGAGCAACAAACAGAGAAGAGGGGAAGGAAAAGGAAAACAAAGGAUGGAAGUGAAAAAAAGAAAAAGUCUAAGAAAAAGAAAAGACGUCACAGUGAAGAGGAGGAGAGUGAUUUUGGAGGCGGCACAGAUGAUGAUGAUAGAUCUUUUGAGAUCACCCUUAAAGAAAAAAAGAAGCGGCCGAUGAAAGGCCCAGAGCAAAAGAGUUCCGGUGACAUUUGCCAAGAAUUUAACCUAAAAAACACAGACAUUAAGUUCACAGAGGAAGACUAUCGCAACAUCACAAACUACAAACUUUUCUCCCAGCAUGUGCGACCACUUAUUUCUAAAGACAAUCCUAAGAUUGCCCAGUCCAAGCUUGUGGUCUUGCUUGGUGCUAAAUGGCGGGAGUUUGUUGCCAACAACCCCUUUAAAGGGAGCUCAGAGAGAACAGAAACUGUAGCACCUCUUUUUGUUUCCAGCACAGCUGCUGACUCCCCGGCCACAUCUGUGAGAGGAGGAGAAGAUGAUGAUGAUGCAGAUGCUGACACAGAAGCUGAUGAGGGCAGCAAAUCAACUAAAGCCAAGAAAGGAAAAGGCAAGAAAGCAGUUGCACCCUUGAAAAUAAAGAUCACCAAAAAACGCAAGAAGAAGAAGGCAAGCUCUGAUGAAGAUGAGGGGGGCUAUAACACCAGUGAUGAGGAGUUUGAGCGACAGUUGGAAGAAGCUUCUAUUCUGAAGGAGGCUGAGAAGGCAGAGGCUGCCAGUGCUCCACCACGAAAGCGCACCAAGAGAGGGAAGGGUCAGGGUCACCGUAAGAAGAAGACAAAGAUGACCAACAAGUUUCCCAAUGACCCUGAUGCUGAAGGCUAUGAAACAGAGCACCAGGACUACUGCGAAGUGUGCCAGCAGGGUGGUGAAAUAAUUCUCUGUGACACAUGUCCUCGGGCUUACCACCUGGUUUGUCUGGAACCAGAGCUAGAAGAGGCUCCGGAAGGCAAAUGGAGCUGUCCCCAUUGUGAAGGGGAGGGCAUUCAAGAACAAGAGGAAGAUGAUCACAUGGAGUUCUGUCGUGUGUGCAAGGAUGGAGGGGAACUGCUAUGCUGCGAUUCAUGUCCGUCAGCCUAUCACACACAUUGUCUCAAUCCACCGCUUAAGACCAUUCCAGAUGGCGAGUGGCACUGCCCAAGAUGUGAUUGUCCACCACUAAAAGGCAAAGUGGCCAAAAUCCUCACCUGGCGGUGGGCUAAACCACCAGAAAAUGCAGAUGAGCUGGACCACACACACCAUGAAAGCAUCAAGAAGACAAAUAAGCAACAACGAGAAUUUUUUGUCAAGUGGCAGGAUAUGUCCUAUUGGCACUGUGACUGGAUCUCAGAACUUGCGCUGGAUGUGUAUCACCCAGCCAUGUACCGCAACUACAUCCGGCGAGUGGACAUGGAUGAACCACCACCACUGGAGGACGGCAGCAGCUACAAAGACAAGCUGAAAGAUGAAGACCCUCAUAACCUAGAGGAACGCUUCUACCGCUAUGGUGUUCGUCCGGAGUGGCUGGAAAUCCAUCGCAUUAUCAACCAUACGAGACAGAAGGAUGGUUCUUUGUGGUAUCUUUGUAAAUGGCGCGACUUACCCUAUGACCAAGCCACAUGGGAACAUGAUGAUGCUGAUAUUGCUAGUAUGAAGCAGCAUGUUGAGAACUACGAGAAUCUCAGGCUAAUCAUGUACGGCUCAACCACCGAUGCUGACAAGCCAGCUUCCAAGGGGAAGAAGAACAAGAGCAGCAAGAAGGAGAAGAAGAGCAAGGAGAGAGAGGAGGAGGUUGUCAACAAGCUGCCGCCAGCUUUCCCAACAACAGACCUACGCAAACAAUUGGAGCGCCAGCCAAAUUACCUGGAUGACACUGGCUGUACAUUACAUCCUUACCAGCUGGAGGGUCUGAACUGGAUGCGUUAUUCCUGGGCUAAUGGGACAGACAUCAUUUUGGCAGAUGAGAUGGGCCUGGGUAAAACAAUCCAGACCAUCACAUUCCUGUACUCCUUGUACAAAGAGGGUCACUGCAAAGGCCCAUUUUUAGUGAGUGCCCCCUUAUCCACAAUCAUUAACUGGGAGCGAGAAUUUGAGCUGUGGGCCCCGGAGCUUUAUGUUGUAACCUACGUGGGAGACAAGGACAGUCGCACUGUCAUCAGAGAGCAUGAAUUCUCGUUUGAUGAGGGUGCAGUGCGAGGAGGUCCUAGGGCCACGCGGAUGAAGCAGGGUAGUAAUGUAAAGUUCCAUGUGCUGCUAACAUCAUAUGAACUUAUCAGCAUUGAUGCAGCCUGCCUGGGCUCCUUGGACUGGGCUGUGCUGGUGGUUGACGAGGCUCACAGGCUGAAGAACAACCAGUCAAAGUUUUUCCGUAUCCUGCAAAACUACAAGAUUGGGUAUAAAGUUCUCCUGACUGGAACCCCCUUGCAGAACAACCUGGAGGAACUUUUCCAUCUUCUUAACUUCCUGGCACCAGAUAAUUUCAAUGACCUACAAGGAUUCCUGGAUGAAUUUGCAGACAUCUCUAAAGAAGAACAGGUUAAGAAACUCCAUGACCUGUUAGGCCCUCAUCUACUGAGACGUCUCAAGUCAGACGUACUGAAGAACAUGCCCUCCAAGUCUGAAUUUAUUGUCCGAGUAGAACUCAGCAGCAUGCAAAAGAAAUACUACAAGUACAUCUUGACAAGGAACUUUGAUGCCCUAAAUGCCAAAGGUGGUAACCAGGUGUCUUUGCUGAAUAUUAUGAUGGAUCUUAAGAAGUGCUGCAACCAUCCAUAUUUGUUCCCAGUGGCUGCCAAUGAGGCCCCACGCACAGCUAAUAAUGCCUUUGAAGGCUCGGCCCUCAUCAAGGCUUGUGGCAAGCUGGAGCUAUUGUGCAAGAUGUUGAGACAGCUGCGACAGUCUGAUCACCGAGUUCUCAUCUUUUCACAGAUGACAAGAAUGUUGGACAUCUUAGAGGAUUUCAUGGAAGCAGAGGGCUACAAAUAUGAGCGUAUUGAUGGUGGCGUGACUGGAUCUCAGAGGCAGGAAGCUAUAGACAGGUUUAAUUCAAAGGACUCUCAGGCAUUUUGCUUUCUGCUGUCAACAAGAGCUGGUGGCCUUGGCAUCAAUUUGGCCACCGCUGACACUGUCAUCAUCUAUGACUCAGACUGGAACCCCCACAAUGACAUUCAGGCCUUUAGCCGAGCCCACCGAAUCGGACAGGCCAACAAGGUGAUGAUUUAUCGCUUUGUCACUCGUGCAUCUGUGGAAGAGCGAAUCACACAGGUGGCCAAGAAGAAGAUGAUGUUAACCCACCUGGUAGUGCGUCCUGGCCUGGGCAACAAAGGAGGCCAGAUGUCCAAGAAGGAGAUGGAUGACAUUCUCAAGUUUGGAACAGAAGAGCUCUUCAAAGAGGAGGGUGAAGGGUUAGCAUCUGAAGAUCGUAUUGUGUAUGAUGACAAGUCUGUGUCCCAACUGCUGGACCGCAGUCAGGUGGGACAAGAGGAGAAGGAGAUGGCCAUGAAUGAGUACCUCGACUCCUUUAAAGUGGCCUCCUAUCAGAUGAAGGAGGGCGAAGAUGAGGAAGAGCCAGAAACUGAGAUCCUGAAACAAGAGGCAGAACAUGCAGACCCCGCAUAUUGGGAGAAGCUGCUGCGACAUCACUACGAACAGCAGCAGGAGGACUUGGCACGUACGCUGGGCAAGGGGAAACGUAUCCGCAAACAGGUUAAUUACAAUGAUGCUAUGAAUGGACAUGACGAUGACACAUGGAAGGAGAACCUCUCGGACUUUGACUCGGAUUUCAGUAAUUCUGGCCACGAAGAAGAUGAUGAUGAUUUUGAGGAGAACAAAGAUGGAGAUCAGACACGAAGCCGCAGUCGUCGGCGUGGAAAUGAGAAAGACCGACCCCUUCCGCCUUUGCUGGCCAGAGUCAAUGGACAAAUUGAGGUUCUUGGAUUCAAUGCUAGACAGAGGAAGGCUUUCCUGAAUGCUGUGAUGCGCUGGGGAAUGCCACCUCAAGAUGCAUUCAACUCACAAUGGUUGGUGCGUGAUCUCCGUGGCAAGACAGAAAAAGUGUUCAAGGCCUACGUCUCGCUUUUCAUGCGACAUCUGUGUGAGCCAGGAGCAGACAAUGCAGAAACAUUUGCUGAUGGAGUUCCACGAGAGGGUUUGUCACGCCAGCACGUCCUGACCAGAAUUGGCAUUAUGUCGCUUGUAAGGAAAAAGGUGCAGGAGUUUGAAGCCAUUAAUGGCACACACAGCAUGCCAUACCUGAGAGCAUCCGAAGCAGUGGACAGAUUGAAGAAGGACAGUGCUGCCAAAGCUGAGUCAACCAAGGGAGGCAAGGGAGAGGUCAGCAGAGAGGGGGAGGUGGGGAAAGAAGGGGAGGAGAAGGAGGGGGAAGAGGCCAAACCUAAAGAGGGAGCUGACAAGGGAGACAAGAAGGAUGGAAGUGACAAGGGAGACAAGAAGGAUGAUGCACAGGAGGAGAAGACAGCAGAGGCUAAGGAUGACGCUGAAAAGAAGGAAGAAGAGGAAAAGAAAGAUGAAGAAAACAAAGUUGAAUGUGAGAAAGCCUCCGAGGAUAAAGGAGAGAACAAGGAAGACAGGGAGUCCUCAGAGAAAGGGGAUAAUAUGUCAGAAGACAAGAAGGAUGCUAAGGCAGAGGAGGAGGAGAAAGUCACAGUGAAGGAGGAGCCUAUGGAAGUUGAGGGGGAAAAGGAGGGUGAGGAUAUCAAGGUCAAGACUGCAGAAGAUGGGAAAAAAGAAGAAAGCCAAGAUGCCGAGGUUAAGGAAGAGAAAGAUGAAAAGGACAAGGGCGAUGGAGAGAAAGAAAAGCAGGAAGAUGAUGUAAAGGAUGAAGGCAAGCAGGACGCUGAUGGCAAGUCUCAAGCGAAGGAAGAAGAGAAGCAAGACGAGAAGGAGAAGAAAGCGGAGGUGAAGGAAGAGAAGAGCGAAGACACUAAGCAGCAGGAUGACUCUUACCAGAAGUUUAUGUUUAACAUUGCUGAUGGUGGUUUCACGGAGCUGCACACGCUGUGGGCCAAUGAACAGCGAGCACUGCAGGCUGGCCGAGAACAUGAGGUCUGGCACCGGAGACAUGACUUCUGGCUUCUCACAGGCAUUGUCACCCAUGGCUAUGGGCGCUGGCAGGACAUUCAGAAUGACCCACGUUUCCAGAUCAUCAAUGAACCCUUUAUCAGUGAACAAGGCAAGGGCAACUUCCUGGAGAUAAAGAACAAGUUUCUUGCUCGACGUUUUAAGCUCUUGGAACAAGCCCUGGUGAUUGAAGAGCAGUUACGACGUGCUGCCUACCUGAAUUUAACUCAGGACCCAGCCCACCCAGCUAUGGCUUUGAAUGCCAGGUUUGCAGAGUUGGAAUGUUUGGCAGAGAGCCACCAACACCUGUCCAAGGAGUCUCUUGGCGGCAACAAACCUGCUAAUGCUGUUUUACACAAAGUGCUUAAUCAGCUUGAAGAGCUUCUUAGCGACAUGAAGCAAGAUGUGGCACGGUUGCCUGCCACGCUGGCUCGGGUGCCCCCAGUCACACAGCGUUUGCAGAUGUCUGAGCGCAGCAUUCUGAACCGCCUUGUCAACCCCAGCCAAUUGCCAGGCUUGACUGGUGCAGCAUCCAACCCCAGUCUUGCUGCUCUUUCUUCCGCCACCUACGCUUCUUCAGCAACUUCUCCUGUGCCAGGUCCGCAACUGCCUGUAAAGGGUGGGAUCACCAUACACUCACAGCCUAGUCCUUCUGGUUCUCAUCGUAACUCACCGAUUCCGCUAGCUGGGAUUGGACAGCUAAUAGACAAAGGGGAUUCUAAAAAGGAGACCAUCAUUCUGGACUAGAUACAAUCUCCAUGAACUUGUGACAGAGCAGUUCAGGUCAUGAUCUGGUGUAUGUACCCAAAUCAUCGUCUUUGAGUCAGGGAGGACAUCACUCUGUGUCAUUACCGUUGGAAGUCUGACCGGCUCAGCCACAGUCUGGGAUCUGCAGAGUUGUUCCCAGAAGAUCCAAGUUUACAUUUGGAGCUUCUUCUGUGUCUCCAAAGUUACAUUUGGUGCCAGCCUUCUAGACGAUGAGAUUGUCCGUCAUGCCUCAGAUCCGUUUCACUGUUGGGUCAGCCAAUGCCUUACUGCAGAUUCACAAUUCCCAAAAAACAUUCAACAAUACAUUCUUUAUUCUUAUUGUACUUCCUGUUAAGUGUUACUUUUCUGUUUUAUUUCCAUGUGAUAUAUCUAUUGUUUUUGUUUCCUUGUUUACAAGAGUCUUGAAUGCAUUGGUCCUCCUGCAGGUUACAGUUGCUUGUGGUUUGCAUUUGCCUCAGGAGAUAGGCAUGGGGAAGAAGGGACAGGCAUGCAUCAAAAUGUACAGAUCUAGUGCCUGCUGACGUCAGAAAAAUAUUUGCUCUGUUAACUUAUUGGCAGCUGCUUUAGCGGUUGUACAGGCUACUUAUUUCGUGCUUGCAUGAUAAGUCUGUAGAAACACUCCAGACACUUACCCUUGUUAAUUUCCAUAUCCACUUGAAGAGUCACAUUGCCCAACACACAAUGCUGGAGGUUGUGUCCUAGUGCAGCAUUGUUCUCAGUCCAUUUUGUGUGCAAAUCUUCAUUCAGACCACCCUCUUUUAUGAAGCCAUCGUUACCUGAACUUUGUUACCCAAUGUGUAACAUCAGAAAUGCCAGGGGAAGUGACCAUCGGAGUAUUCCAACAUUUUUGUACAGUUGUAAAUGAUGUUUGGUGACCAAACCAUAGAAUCCAUAAUGUUUUUAUUAAAGAAAUAAAUAUUGAUGCUUUGAUGAGUUCUUUCAA